CCCCGUAACACCAUGAGAGCCACCGUACUCACCCUCCUUGGCCUAUCAGCCUCGGCAUGGGCUACUCCAGCGCCAUUCACCGUAGAAGACAUGCUUGCUGCCCCUAGGCCUUUCCCGGCUAUUGCCAGUCCUGACAAGCAGCACGCCAUCGCUGUCGUCGACUACUGGGAACCUAGGGAUGACUCUAUGAGGAGAGAAGCAUACCUGGCGACGCUCAACAGGCCCGAAGUGAAGCAUCCCAUCUCCUUGUUCAAUACCACUCCUUCGGCUGCAGCCGAUUUCUUCUGGCUUGACGAUGUUACCAUCGCAUACCUCGAUGGAUCGAAUCUUUUUUCUUACCCGGUUGAAUAUGCAUUCAGCCAAUCCAAUUUUAAGCCUAAACACAACCCACCUCGCUCCCCCAGGCAUCAAAAGAUCCUCUCAUUCCCUCACGGCGUCAACCCUACUUCUCUUCAAUAUGAAGCAAGCACCAAAACCCUCGCGUUUACUGGCCAAGUGUGGUCGGAUGGCUCAUUCUACCAGACUCGACAUCACGACAAGCUCUACGAAAAGAAACGUGACAGUGCCCAAGUAUACGACGACUUGAUGGUCAGGCAUUGGGAUACUUGGAGAGUCAGCGGAAAGGUCUGGACGCUAGGUGUUGUCAAGCUGAUCAACAUCAACGAUGAAUGGGCAGAGCUUGAUAAUGAUAUCAACAAGCAUCACAAACGUCGAGCUGAGUUUAUUAACAUCUUGAACGGUACCGAUUUGGUAUCCCAGACCGACCCUAUCGAUGCGGGUUCUUACUCUAUCAGCUCUGAACACAUCGCUGUAGCCGUUAAGCCUCCUUACCUCCAGACUGCCACACAUACGAGAGAAGACAUAUAUCUUUUCCCUCUUCCUUCCUCUUACGACUCUGCGUCCAUCCUUCCCAAACACGUUACUCCGCACGCCCAUGGAGCUAUCAGCGAAAUCAAGUUCUCACCUGAUGGGAAGAAGCUUUCAUGGCUUGAGAUGAAGAAGGAUGGCUACGAGAGUGAUAGGCGGGUGGUCGUUGUUUAUGACUUGAUGAGUGGGAAGAGUGAAAGAUGGACCGAAGUUUGGGACAGGAGCCCUAAAAGCAUCUCCUGGGCGGUCGACUCUCAAUCCAUCUUCCUUUUGGCCGAGUUCCGAGGACGCACCCUCCCAUACCACCUCACUCACCCCAACCACCUCCCGACUCCCCUUCUCUUCAACGGUACAACCGUUUCCCUCACUCCACUGAACGAGACCGACAUCCUCAUCGCCCGUCAAUCAUUCCGAACUCCCACUGUGGAAUGGAUAUUGACUUUGCCCGACCCUGCCGAGGAUGGAAAUGCAGUUGGAGACGGAGACGGAGACAAGAUACCGGCUGUUGAGCCUUUGAGGCAACUCACUCGAUGGAAUGAACAUUUCAUCCGUGGGAGGUUGGAUGUUCAGACUGGUGAAGAGUUUUGGUUCAAGGGUGCUGAAGGCAAGGAUGUGAUGGGAUGGGCUUUGAAGCCUCGUGGGUGGAAGCCUGACCAGAAGGCCAAGUAUCCUCUCGCUUUCUUGAUUCAUGGUGGCCCUCAAUCAGCUUGGGACGAUUCUUGGUCAACUCGAUGGAACCCUGCCCUGUUUGCCGCCCAGGGUUACUUUGUCGUCGCCAUUAACCCUACUGGUUCUACCGGUUAUGGACAAGAAUUUACCGAUGCUAUCCAGGGCGAUUGGGGAGGAAAGCCUUUCAAGGACCUCCUCGCAGGUUACCACUACGUCCUAGAAAACUACCCUGAAAUCGACCCCGAACGUACUGCCGGCCUUGGAGCUUCUUAUGGUGGCUACAUGGUCAACUGGAUCAACGGGCAUAACGACCACUUUGGUUUCAAAGCUUUAGUAUGCCAUGACGGCGUGUUCGACACGGUCACUACCUUCUUCUCCACGGAAGAGAUUUAUUUCCCCACCCAAGACUUUGCUGGUACACCUUGGACGAAUAGGGCUACUUAUGAAAAAUGGAACCCUGUGAACCACGUUAUCGAGUGGAAUACUCCGGAACUUGUUAUCCAAGGCGGAAAGGACUACCGUCUGGAGAACUCUCAAGGUCUUGGCGCUUUCACCGCUCUGCAGCUCCAAGGAGUCCCUAGCCGAUUCGUCUACUUCCCCGACGAGAAUCACUGGAUUCUCAAACCUCACAACUCUAUCAAGUGGCACCACGAGGUGUUCCGAUGGCUGGAGGAAUGGAUUGGCAAGCCCACGGAUGAGAGUGAGGCUUUCGUCGUGCAGCGAGAGUGAAAGGAAUAGAUCAACCGAUUUUAUGCCUGAAUAUUUAGCAUAGUUAUCAUCAAUACAAAUAAUGAAAAGGGAAACACA